UAUUUUCCCUGCAUGCAUGACCGUUUCCAAUUUGCAUUUCAACAACAAUGGCGAUCAGUUCGCCAUCGGCUCCACCAUUCUCGGCUUCUUCAAUUUGCUGCACUAUUCGUACCGACUCAACCCCCUCUCGUUCCCUCUGGCUCAUGCCGACCCAAACUCGAAGCCGGCUCACUUUAGGCUGUCAGCUCAACUUCUCCGGCUCCGAUGGCGGCGAUAAUGAAUACGAGCUUCUACACAGCGACGUUUCACCUCACCAUGACCGGAAAGGUUGGCCGGUGUUUGUUACACUUCCGAUUGAUGCGGUUAGUUUUCCAGAGGGAGUGAUGAAGAGGAAGAAAGCGAUGGUGCAGUCGUUUCGUGCGUUAGCGACGGGUGGUCUUGAGGGAGUUGUGAUGGAGGUGUGGUGGGGAUUAGUGGAGAAGGAGUUUCCUAGGGUUUAUAAUUGGCAAGCGUAUUUGGAGAUUGUUGCGUUGGCGAAACGGUUCGGUUUGAAAGUGAGAGCUGCUAUGGCGUUUCAUCAGUGUGGUACUGGUCCUGAUGAUCCUUUCUGGAUUCCUCUUCCUCAGUGGGUUCGUGAAGAGAUCGAUAAAGAUCCUGAUUUAGCAUAUUCAGACAGGUUUGGAAGACGGAAUAUGGAAUAUAUAUCCCUAGGAUGUGAUGUUCUUCCUGUUCUGCACGGACGAUCUCCAAUCCAAGCAUAUACUGAAUUUAUGAGGAGCUUCCGCGAUACCUUCAGUCCAUUUUUUGGUGGCGUCAUAACUGGUAUCCAAGUUGGAAUGGGCCCUGCUGGUGAGUUGAGAUAUCCUUCAUACCCUUUACAGAAGCAGGCUUGGACUUGGCGCAAACCUGAACUUGGUGAAUUCCAAUGCUAUGAUAAGUACAUGCUUGCAUCUUUAAAUGCUUGUGCUAGGGAGAUGGGAAAGCGGGAGUGGGCGAAUAGUGGACCUACUGGUGCCGGUAAUCUAAUGCAAGAUCUUGAAAAAACCGAGUUUUUCAAAAGUGACGGUUCUUGGAACACACCAUAUGGAGAGUUCUUCCUUACAUGGUACUCAGGGAUGUUGCUGCUUCACUGUGAGAGAAUUUGUAGGGAAGCAAAGACCAUAUUCUGUGAUGUCGAAAUUAAUUUGUCAGGGAAAGUGGCUGGGAUUCACCGGCAUUAUUUUACACGGUCUCACCCGUCUGAGCUAACGGCUGGCUACUACAAUACAUCAAUUCGAGAUGGCUUUCUGCCAAUUGCUCGCGUGUUUGGCAGGUAUGGUUUCAGCAUGUGUUGUACAUGUUUCGAAAUGAAAGAUGCAGAAGAGCAGCGGAUGAAUCGUGUCAGUAGUCCCGAGGGUUUUGUAAGACAAGUUCUACUUGCCGCUAAGAUAUGUGAUAUUCCCGUGCAAGGUGAAACUUCUUCUAGUAGCUUGGAUUACGAAUCGUUUCAACAGGUGUUGAAGAUGUCUAAAUUCUACUCGGAUGGUCUAGGAGGGACAACAUUCUCAUUCAAUUUUGUCAUGAUGGACAAGAACUUGUUUGAAUAUCGUAAUUGGGAUACCUUUGUUCGUUUUGUGAGACAAAUGUCAGAUGCCAAAAAUACUAGUGUAAUAAUUUAGAAUUGUCCUAUUUAUUUUUGCAUAUUAAUUAUUUUUUGUGUAGUAUUUUUAAAAGACACAUAACCUUUUAACUUCACAUAUUAACAUGAUUAUUAAUAAAAGUAAGAAUUGAGUCUAGUUAAUAAG